AUGCAGGAGACAGACGGGGAGGGCCAGACAGACGCGCAGACGGACAGACGGGAGGGAUCAAGUUCAAGGCCGCGGAACACCUGCAAGCACGCGGGCCUGGCCGGUCCAGUAGGGCCCGAGCAACAGAACCGGGUUCCAGCAGCAGAACCGGGUUCCAGCAACAGAACCGGGUUCCAGCAACAGAACCGGGUUCCAGCAACAGAACCGGGUUCCAGGCCCGCGGGGGUGACUCUCACUGAGAAACGCAUAGUGGAUGAAGGCAGGCAGACACCUACACGCGCCGCCGCCGUGGUGCACGAACCCGGGGGUGAGCAGCCGGGCUCGUGCCCUCGCAGCACGCUCCUGGACCCGAGCAGGCGGCACCGGACCGCGUUCACGCGUGAGCAGCUGUCCCGGCUGGAGCACGAGUACGGCAGGGAGAGCUACGUGUCGCGGGCGCGCCGCUGCGAGCUCGCGGCCGCACUCAGCCUACCGGAAACCACGAUCAAGGUGUGGUUUCAGAACCGGAGAAUGAAGGAUAAACGUCAAAGACACUCACUGCCGUGGCCUCAUCCACUCAUCGACCCACUGGGGGUGCUUCUUAUGAGCCGUCCUUCUCCAUCCUCCCCCUUGAUGUACCCCUUUAUCCCCCCACACCUUCCUCUCCACCACUACUCUCCCCUGGCCCUAUCCUCUCCAGCAUCCUCAGCCCAGAGUCCCUACACUGGACCAGUGAGGUCUCUGGACCCCCUCCAGCUCUCCCAGUACCACAGCAGGGCGGGGGAGCUGGCUUCAGCAGCAGUUCCCCUGUAUUCCCCCGCCAGCAUCCUGCACCACCCUGCCUCCUGCCUCUGUUCCCUCUGCCCUCCCUGGGGACGAGAACAGCUUCUUAAGGCCCGAGGAGAGCCCCCCAGUGGUCCAGAGACCCGGAAGCAACCGGCCUCUCUGGAGCGACGGGAGGAGGUGGCGUGA